AUGAUUGAGUGGUUGGCAGAACAUAGAUCAGAAGAUAGAGAGUUUAGUAAUAUGUACUACGGUGCGGUUACUGGCGGACAUCUCGAUGUUGUUCAAUACCUACUCGAUAUCAAUGAGCCAAUAAGAUCUGCCCACAUGAGAGUUAUGACUUGGUCACCUUUAACUUUUUAUCAAUCGAUAUUUGAUAGAGUUGAUCUUUUUUCAACUUUAUCAACCCAUUCUUUACUCUUAUUAUCAAUAUCAUUUAAAUAA